GAGACCCCGAAUAUCAGCUGUGGCCCACCUACUGCAAUGCCGCCCUCGCUUUGGAACAGAUUUCCAAGGGCGAGGCCGUGGGCAGGAAGGCCCCAAUUUGGCUGCGGGCGAAAUUCCAGGGGAUGUUAUUCCAGCUGGGCUGCUACAUCCAGAGAAACUGUGGGAAAUUCCUGGUCAUCGGGCUCCUGGUGUUCGGAGCACUGGCCGUGGGGCUCCGGGCCGCCCACCUCCAGACCGACGUGGAGGACCUCUGGGUGGAAGUGGGAGGCCGCGUGAGCCGGGAGCUGAGCUACACACGGCGGAUGAUCGGCGAGGAGGCCAUGUUCAACCCGCAGCUGCUGAUCCAAACCCCGCGGGAGCCGGGGGCCAGCAUCCUCACCACCGAGGCCCUGGCCCAGCACCUCCACUCCGCCCUGCAGGCCUCCAGGGUUCACGUCUACAUGUACAACAGACAGUGGAAACUGGAACAUUUGUGCUACAAAUCCGGGGAGCUCAUCACAGAGGCCGGCUACAUGGACCAGCUGAUCGAGAACCUGUACCCCUGCUUGAUCAUCUCCCCCCUGGACUGCUUCUGGGAAGGGGCCAAGCUACAGGCCGGGACCGCCUACCUCAUCGGCGAGCCUCCCGUGCGCUGGACCAACUUCGACCCGCUGGUGUUCCUGGAGGAGCUCAAAAAGCUCAACUCGCUGGUGUCCAGUUGGGAGUCCAUGGUGAGCCGGGCGGAGGUGGGCCACGGCUACAUGGACCGGCCCUGCCUCCUGCCCACCGACCCCGACUGCCCCGACAGCGCGCCCAACAAGAACUCCACCCAGCCGCUGGACCUGGGCCGGAUCCUGAGUGGCGGCUGCUACGGGCUCUCGCGGAAAUACAUGCGGUGGCAGGAGGAGCUCAUCGUGGGCGGCACCGUGAGGAAUCGCACUGGAAAACUCAUCAGCGCCCAGGCCCUGCAGACCAUGUUCCAGCUGAUGACGCCCAAACAGAUGUACGAGCACUUCAAGGGCUAUGAUGUCGUCUCUCACAUCAACUGGAGCCCGGAGAAGGCCGCCGCCAUCCUGGAGGCCUGGCAGAGAACCUACGUCCAGGUCGUCCAUCACAGCGUCUCGGAGAACUCGAGCCAGAAGAUGAUGUCCUUCACGACGACUACGCUGGACGACCUCCUCAAGUCCUUCUCGGACGUCAGCGCCGCCCGCGUGGCCGGCGGCUACUUGCUCAUGCUGGUGUACGCCUGUGUGAGCAUGCUGCGUUGGGACCGCUCCUCCUCCCAGGGGGCCGUGGGGCUGGCGGGCGUCCUCCUAGUAGCCCUGUCGGUGGCGGCCGGCCUAGGCCUCUGCUCCCUUCUGGGCAUCUCCUUCAACGCCGCCACCACUCAGGUGCUCCCUUUCCUGGCCCUGGGCGUUGGGGUGGACGACGUGUUCCUGCUGGCCCAUGCCUUCAGCGAGACGGGGCAGAACGGGCGGAUCGCUUUCGAGGAGCGGACCGGGGAGUGUCUGAAGCGGACGGGCGCCAGCGUGGCCCUCACCUCCAUCAGCAACGUCACCGCCUUCUUCAUGGCCGCCCUCAUCCCCAUCCCCGCCCUGCGGGCCGUCUCCCUCCAGGCAGCUGUGGUGGUCGUCUUCAACUUCGCCAUGGUGCUCCUCAUCUUCCCCGCCAUACUCAGCAUGGACCUCUACCGCCGGGAGGACGGGCGCCUCGACGUCUUCUGCUGCUUCCCCAGCUCGUGCCCAGGGCGGCGUCCGCCCCAGCCCCCGGCGGUAGUGGACGCCACCUUUGCCCGCGAGGCACGCAUCACCAUGCGCUCCACGGUGCGGCUGUGCGCUCAGUACGAUCCUCGAACCCAGGCCUUCUACACCACGGCCCGGCCCCGCGCCCUGGUCCGCGUGCGGCCCCUUCCCGGGCCGGACCCCCGGCCGGACCCCCGGCCCGGCCCGUGGACCCUGGCCGCCUUCGCCCGCGACCACUACGUCCCCCGGCUCCUCCGGCCCCGGGCCAAGACGGGCGUCCUGCUGCUGAGCGCGGGCCUGCUGGGCGCCAGCCUGUACGGGACGACGCGGGUGCGGGACGGCCUGGACCUGACGGACGUCGUGCCCCGGGGCUCGGGCGAGCACGACUUCGUGGCGGCCCAGUUCCGCUACUUCUCCUUCUACAACGCCUACGUGGUGACCCGGGCGGCCGACUACCCGCGCGUCCAGCCCCUGCUCUACCGUCUACACGACACCUUCCGCCGCGUCAAGUACGUCAUGCUCCAGCCCGAUCGCACCCUCCCCAAGAUGUGGCUCCACUAUUUCCGCGACUGGUUGCAAGGCCUCCAGGACGCCUUCGACAGAGACUGGGCCUCCGGGCACAUCUCCCCCGGAAACUACCGCAACGGCUCCGACAGCGCCGUGCUGGCCUACAAGCUCCUCAUCCAGACGGGCAGCAGGGACAAGCCGGUGGACGUCGCCCAGCUGACCAAGCAGCGAUUGGUGGAUCCGGAUGGGAUCAUCAACCCCAACGCCUUCUAUACGUACCUGACGGCCUGGGUGAGCAACGACCCCGUGGCCUACGCCUCCUCGCAGGCCAACAUCCGGCCCCACCGGCCCGAGUGGAUCCACGACAAGGCCGACUUCGUGCCCGACACCCAGCUGCACAUCCCCCCGGCGGAGCCGGUGGAAUUCGUGCAAUUCCCCUUCUACCUCAACGGGCUGCGGGAGACAUCGGACUUCGUGGCGGCCAUCGGGCAGGUGCGGGCCAUCUGCGAGGACUUCACACGACUGGGGGUGCCCAGUUAUCCCAAUGGAUACCCCUUCCUCUUCUGGGAGCAGUACGUUGGCCUUCGCCGCUGGCUGCUCCUCUCCGUCGGGGUUGUCUUGGCCGCCACCUUCCUCGUCUGCGCCCUCUUCCUCCUCAACCCCGGGGCCGCCGCCGUCAUCGUGACGGUGUUGGCCCUGAUGACGCUGGAGCUGUUUGGGAUGAUGGGGCUGAUCGGCAUCAAGCUGAGCGCCAUCCCGGCGGUCAUCCUCAUCGCGUCCGUCGGCAUCGGCGUCGAAUUCACUGUCCACGUGGCCCUGGCUUUCCUCACCGCCGUCGGGGACCGAAACCACCGGGCCGUCGUCGCCCUGGAGCACGUGUUCGCCCCCGUGCUGGACGGGGCCAUGUCCACCCUGCUCGGAGUGCUCAUGCUCGCUGGCUCCGAGUUCGAUUUCAUCGUCAGGUAUUUCUUCGCCAUGCUGGCCAUCUUGACCGUACUGGGCGUUCUCAACGGGCUCGUCCUGCUCCCGGUCCUCCUGUCUCUCUUCGGCCCCUACCCCGAGGUGUCCCCCCCAGAGGGCUGCGAGCGGUUGCCCACGCCGUCCCCGGACCCCCCGGACUCGGACUCGUCGGACUGGGAGUCGGGGUCUCAGACCACCCUGUCGGGCCUCAGUGAGGAGCUGCGGCCCCCCCGGCCCACGGUGUCCGGCCCGCCCGGCCCCAUCCCGGCGGGGCAUCCAGCCGGAGCGGCCCCCCGGCCUCCCCUGAGCCGACCGCGGCGGGACGCCUUCUCCAGGCCGGCAGGGGUCUCCCCGGGGUGGCCCCGGGCCCUCCCACCCUUGGCCAUGGUCACUGCCUCAGCCUCCGUCACCGUGGCCUACGAGGGCCCCGUCUGGGACCCCCACGUGCCCGUCCACGGAGACCACACGGACCGGCAGCCCGGAGAAGGCGGCGAAGGCGACUGAGCCUCGACGGAGCCGGGACCACCCCUCUGCCCGCGCCUCGUGGCCCACCUCCGCUGCCCCCGGUCACGUCCCGUCUCUCGCCACGGCGGCCAACUCCAGACCACCGGGAGGCUGGAAGACGGCAUCCUGCCUGGUGACGGCCCCCGUCUCUCUGGACGAGUGGAAGGCUGGAAAACGGUGCUCCCCGGCGAUGCCCUUGUCUCGCUUUGGUGAGCAAACUCAAGACCAUCAGAAGGCCGGAAAACGGUGUCCUUUCCUGGCGAUGCCUCCGUCUCUCCAGGGCGGGCCACUCCGGACGAGCGGAAGGCCGGAAAACGAUUCCCCAACGGCGAUGCCCUCGUCUUGCUUCGGUGAGCAAAUUCCGGACCAUCGGAAGGCUGGAAAACGGCAUCCCUUGGCAAUGCCCUCGUCUCACUGCAGUGAGCAAAUUCCAGGCCAUUGGAAGGCCGGAGGAUGGCACCUUUCCUGGCGACAGCCCCGUCUCCACUCCGGAUGAGUGGAAGGCCGGAAAACAGGGCCCCUCGGUGAUGCCCUCGUCUCGCUUUGGUGAGCAAACUCCAGACAAUCGGAAGGCCGGAAAAUGGCGUCCUUCGGCGAUGCCCUCAUCUCACUGCAGUGAGUAAAUUCCGGGCCAUUGGAAGGCCGGAGGAUGGCACCUUUCCUGGCGACGACCCCGUCUCUCCAGGGUGGGCCAUUCCGGACAAGCAGAAGGCCGGAAAACGGUGCCCCUCGGCAAUGCUUGCCUCUCAAGGCGGUGAGCAAACUCCAGACCAUCGGAAAGCCGGAAAACGUUGUCCCUCGGCGAUGCCCUCGUCUCGCUGCGGUGAGUAAAUUCCGGGCCACUGGAAGGCUGGAAGAUGGCACCUUUCUUGGCAAGGCCCCUGUCUCCCUGCGGUGGACAACUCCAGACCACCGCAAGUCUGGAAAAUGGUGCCGCUUGGCGAUGCCCCCAUCUCGCCACGGCGGGUAACUCGGAACCACAAGAAGGCUGGAAGAUGGUGUCCCACCUGGCAACACCCCCUUCUCACCAUGGGUGGGCAAUUCCAGACCACUGGAAGUCUGGAAAACGGUGGCCCAUGAGGUAACUGGGAACCACAUGAAGGCGGGAAGAUGGCAUCCCACCUGGCGACGCCCCCAUCUCAUCAUGGCGGGCAACUCCAGACCACCGGAAGGCUGGAAAAUGGGCCUCAAUCUCUGCACAGGGGUUGGGAAUCGCGUUUUUAAUCUGUACUGGGUUUGGGAAUCGCGUUUAUGAAUCUGCACGGGGGUGGGAAUUGCGUUUUUCAUCUGUACAGGGGGUGGGAAUUGCGUUUUUCAUCUGUACAGAGGGUGGGAAUCGCGUUUUUAACCGUACAUGGGGUGGGAAUCGCGUUUUUAUCUGUACAGGGGGUGGGAAUCAUGUUUUUAAUCUGUACAGGGGUCGGGAAUCGCAUUUAUUAGUCUGUACAAGGGUCGGGAAUCGCAUUUUUAAUCUGUACAGUGGUCUGGAAUCGCGUUUUUAAUCUGUACAGGGGUCGGGAAUCGCGGUUUUAAUCAGUACAGGGGUCGGGAAUCGCAUUUAUUAAUCUGCACAGGGGUCGGGAAUCACGUUUUUAACCUGUACAGGGGUGGGGAAUCGCGUUUUUAAUCUGUACAGGGGUCGGGAAUCGCAUUUAUUAGUCUGUACAAGGGUCGGGAAUCACGUUUUUAAUCUGUACAGGGGUAGGGAAUCAUGUUUUUAAUCUGUACAGGGGUUGGGAAUCACGUUUAUUAAUCUGCAAAGGGGGUGGGAAUAGCGUUUUUAAUCUGUACAGGGGUCGGGAAUAGCGUUUUUAAUCUGUACAGGGGUUGGGAAUCGCGUUUUUAAUCUGUACAGAGGUCGGGAAUCACAUUUAUUAGUCUGUACAAGGGUCAGGAAUCGCGUUUUUAAUCUGUACAGGGAUU